AUGGCAGAAAAUUUCACCGUCACUGACUUGAACUUGCCUGAAUCAAGCAGAUCCAGACUGCAGGAGGUGCCUGGUGUCCAAGGGAACGGCGGUCGGAAGAUCUCGCGAUGUAAAAGCUGUUGUUCCAGAACAUGUGUUGCUCUAUCGAUUACUGCGAUAGUCCUACUGCUGCUCAUAGUUGUGUGUCGAAUACUCAUGUGCUGCCCCCCACAAUGGGAAAAACAUGGGAAAAAAUGCUACUUCUUUUCUUCAGCGAAGAAAGAAAAGGGCUGGAAUGCCUUCCGUAAGGAAUGUACUGACAUGGAUUCAGACUUGGUGAUCAUUGCCGAUGAGAAAGAGCUGCAUUACCUUACUGACCGAUCAAAAGCUAAUUUCUACUUCCUUGGUCUCAGAUACUCUGAAAGUGAGCAGAAGUGGAAGUGGAUUAACAAUGUGGAACACAGCACAAACAUGUUUAACAUAAGUGGACAACUUCUUGACUAUCUCUGCACAGCAAUUGGAUAUGGCCAAGUAGUAAGGGCACAUUGUGAUGGAGACCCAGUAACAAAAAAUAUGUGUGAAAAGGUUGCAACAAUAUAUGAAAGGCAGAAGGAGAGCUAA